AUGAGAUCUCUUGGAAGGCAUCCAACUUUAUAAGUUCCUCCAUCAAAUAUUAUUUCGAGCAUUUCUAAAAAAGUUAUUUCAUCUGAUUUAGAUUCGAAGCUAAGUAGAAUGGAACAUGAAAAGGAAGUCAGCAUAAGAGAAAGCUCUGAGGCUGGUCAAGGAUAUUAACCCGUAAUUACUGAAAAAAUGAAAAAUAUGACAACAGAUGAGAUAUUUGAAAGGUUGGUAAAAGAAAAUAUUGACUUUAGAGAUUAUAGAUAUAACGAGUUAAUGAAAGAAUUUGAAUCAGAAAUGGAAGAUUUUAAGCGAACUGCACCUACCUUUGAGGAGCUAUCAGAUGCUUAAUCUAUGCAAAUAAAUUAAAUGAACCCAAAUUAAAUGUAUGCACAAUUUUAAACUAAAUUUUAUGCUCUAAGAAAAAGAGAUAAAGACGAUUUACAAGAAAGAUACGAAAGGGUUACCAGAAUUGUAAGAAGUAGUCACGUUUAAGAAGUAUAAAAUUUGGUAUCUAAGUUUAAAGGAGUUCUAAGAGAAACAAUUGAAAAAAAGUUGGAAGAAUAAAAACUAAAAUAUGAGUUAGAACAUAAAGAAAUGCGUGAUAAUCAUUUCCAAAUGAAAUCUCAAAUUAGAACAUUGGAGGAAAAAUGUGAGUUUUUGUAAGAAAAGAUUAAUGAAAAGGAAAAAAAACUUUAAGAAAUGUAUGAUAAAAUAAUUAAAAUGAAUAAUGAAAACUCAUAUAGAAAUUAAGAUCAAGAAAAGUUAUAGAAAAUGAUGAAAGAAAAGGAAGCACAAAUAGAAAAGUUGUAAAAAAGUGAAAAAGCUCUCGAGGCUUUGUAAUAGUAAAAAAUCGACUAUGCUCUUUUAAUUAAAGACAAAGAGAAUACUAUUAAUUAAAAGGAUUAGCUUAUUUAAAAGCUUUAAAAAUAGCUCUAGCAAUAAACUUCAAAAAUGCAAGAUUAAGAUUAAAAAAUCAAAACACUUGAGCAGCAAGAAUCUUUAAAGGUUCAGUCAAGGACGACUAUUAAAUCUGAAGAUGAAUAAAGUGAUGUUGUUAAUCUUAGAAGGACAACUCCAGAUUAAAACUACAAUGCUUGUAGAUCAGCUCUUACAAGAAACGAUUCAAGAAAUGGAGCUUAAUCAAGCAAUAACAAACUGAGAAACAUUAAGCAGCCCUAAUAAAUGCAAGCUGUUCCGAUUUAAACUUUUGGAGAUGUAUUUAGAAAGUUCAAAUAAGCCAAAAGAGAAGAAAGUAUUCAAAAUAAACAGUUCAUUGAUCAGCUUCAGUAAAAAAUAAAACUAAAAGAAGAUUAGAUAAAAUUACUUACCAAUGAAGUAAUGAGCUUGAGAGAAGAAAGUGAUACUUAUUUAUAGAAUCUACAAAGUAUGUAGCAGUAAAAUUCAUAAAUGAACUCUAAAACUUAGGGUUACUUGACAUAAAAUCCUAAUAUCAAUGACUUAAUUUUAGAUCCUUAUAAAAGAGGAGACUCAAGUAUGAACAAAAGCCGCUUGAGUAUGACUGAAGAGAACCGUUAUUUACAAAGUGCUUUAUCUAAAACAUCCAAUUAGUUUAAUUCUGCAGUCAGCCCCAAAUUGGUUUAACUCCAGCAAGCUUCCAGCAGAAAUAGAAAUUUAAGUAAUAAUCUAGAAUAAAAUAAAGAAAAUAUUUAAAAGCUAUCUUUGAUGAAUACAACAGAUUUGUCAAUUUAUAAGGCUAAAACACCUUAAUCUGUCAAUAACACCAAACAAAGCUUAAUUAAUAUAACAAAUAAAGCAACUACUCCUGACCCAUCUAAAAAAUUUUAAGAAAUCUAAGUAAACAGAAUAUCUAGUAAUAACAACAAUGAUAUGCAAACACCAUAUAAUCAAAAUAAAAAUAAAAUUACUCAAGUCUCCACUAUAUUCUAAAAUACUAAUUUGCAAACAAACAACAGUACAUAAUAUUUUAGUUAAACAAACAAUAAUAAUAUCACGAAUUCAUCUUAACAACUUCUAAAAUAAGAUAUUAACCCAUAGAUUGGAAAUAAAAGUAUACACAUUUCUAACUUUAAUAAUAAUUCUGUUAACUAUAUAAAUUCCAUAAAUAACUAAAUCUAAUCUCCAUAAUUAUUAAAUUAGAAUGUUCAAGUUUAAAAAUAAAAAAAAAUACUUGGUUCUUAUAGAAUAUAGCCUACUUUUAAUUAAAAAUCGAACCUAACUAAUAACUAUAUAUCAUCAGCAUCUGAUAGUUUUAUUCCCCUAAACAUAUGA